UUUAGUGCCAGCUCAGCCAGAGUCCCAGGGGUCUGCCGCUCUGGCUUCAGCAGCGUCUCCGUGUCCCGCUCCAGGGGCAGUGGUGGCUUCGGUGGAGUGUGUGGAGGAGCCAGCUUUGGCAGCAGGAGCCUCUAUGGCCUGGGUGGCUCCAAGAGGAUCUCCAUCGGAGGGGGCAGCUGUGCCAUCAGUGGCGGAUAUGGGGGCAGAGUUGGAGGUGGCUUUGGCUAUGGAGGUGGAGCCGCAAGUGGAUUUGGUUUUGGUGGUGCAGCUGGGGGUGGCUUUGGGCUCGGUGGUGGACCCGGCUUUGCUGGUGGCUAUGGGGGCUCUGGCUUCCCUGUGUGCCCCCCUGGAGGCAUCCAAGAGGUCACCGUCAACCAGAAUCUCCUCACUCCUCUGAACCUGCAAAUCGACCCCACCAUCCAGCGGGUGAGGACUGAGGAGCGGGAGCAGAUCAAGACCCUCAACAACAAGUUCGCCUCCUUCAUCGACAAGGUGCGGUUCCUGGAGCAACAGAACAAGGUCCUGGACACCAAGUGGACUCUGCUCCAGGAGCAGGGCACCAAGACCGUAAGGCAGAACCUGGAGCCCUUGUUUGAGCAGUACAUCAACAACCUCAGGAGACAGCUGGACAGCAUCCUGGGGGAGAGAGGCCGCCUGGACUCAGAGCUGAGGAACAUGCAGGAUACAGUGGAGGACUUCAAGAACAAAUAUGAAGAUGAAAUCAACAAGCGCACAGCAGCAGAGAAUGAAUUUGUGACUCUGAAGAAGGAUGUGGAUGCUGCCUACAUGAAUAAGGUUGAACUGCAAGCCAAGGUAGACACUCUCACAGAUGAGAUCAACUUCACCAGAGCCUUGUAUGACGCAGAACUCGCUCAGAUGCAAACCCACGUCUCUGACACUUCUGUGGUCCUGUCCAUGGACAACAACCGUAACCUGGACCUGGACAGCAUCAUCGCUGAAGUCAAAGCCCAGUAUGAGGAGAUCGCUCAAAGGAGCCGGGCUGAGGCUGAGUCCUGGUACCAGAGCAAGUAUGAGGAGCUGCAAAUCACAGCAGGCAGACACGGGGAUGACCUGCGCAACACCAAGCAGGAGAUUUCUGAGAUCAACCGCAUGAUCCAGAGGCUGAGAUCCGAGAUCGACCAUGUCAAGAAGCAGUGUGCCAACCUGCAGUCCGCCAUCGCUGAUGCUGAGCAGCGCGGGGAGAUGGCCCUCAAGGAUGCCAAGAACAAGCUGGCUGAGCUGGAGGACGCCCUGCAGAAGGCCAAGCAGGACAUGGCCCGGCUGCUGAAGGAGUACCAGGAGCUGAUGAAUGUCAAACUGGCCCUGGAUGUGGAGAUCGCCACCUACAGGAAGCUGCUGGAGGGCGAGGAGUGCAGGCUGAGUGGGGAAGGCGUUGGACAAGUCAACAUCUCUGUGGUGCAGUCCACCAUGUCUGGCGGCUAUGGCAGCGCCAGCGCUAUGGGCGGUGGCUCAGGCCUGGGCGGAGGCAGCGGCUACUCCUACGGCAGCGGCCACAGCCUUGGAGCCGGCUUCAGUUCCGGCAGUGGCAGAGGCAUGGGGGGUGGCUUCAGCUCCUCUGGGGGCAGCAGCUCCACCAUCAAAUACACCACCACCUCAUCCUCCAGCAGGAAGAGCUACCAGCACUAA